GUCGUGCGCGGGAAGAUGGCGGCGGCCCAGGCGGUGGACGAAAUGCGGACCCGCGUGGUCCUAGGGGAGUUCGGCGUUCGCAACGUUCAUACCACCGACUUCCCCGGUAACUACUCCGGGUAUGAUGACGCGUGGGACCAGGAGCGCUUCGAGAAGGAUUUCCGUGUGGAUGUGGUACACAUGGAUGGAAGCUCACUGGAGUUCGACAUGGUGGGGAUUGAUGCAGCGAUCGCCAAUGCUUUCCGGCGCAUUUUAUUGGCCGAGGUGCCAACCAUGGCUGUGGAGAAGGUACUGGUGUACAACAACACGUCCAUUGUCCAGGAUGAGAUCCUCGCUCAUCGGUUGGGGCUCAUUCCCAUUCAUGCUGAUCCGCGUCUUUUUGAGUAUCGGAACCAAGAGGAUGAAGGAGGCACGGAAAUAGACACUCUGCAGUUUCGGCUGCAGGUCAGGUGCACACGGAACCCCAAAGCUGCUAAAGACUCCUCUGACCCCAAUGAACUCUAUGUGAACCACAAAGUGUACACCAGGCACAUGACAUGGGUGCCCCUGGGGAACCAGGCUGACAUCUUCCCAGAGGGCACUAUCCGGCCAGUGCACGACGACAUUCUCAUUGCUCAGCUGCGGCCGGGCCAGGAGAUUGACCUGCUCAUGCACUGUGUCAAAGGCAUUGGCAAAGACCAUGCCAAGUUUUCCCCUGUGGCCACAGCCAGUUACAGGCUCCUGCCCGACAUCACCCUGUUGGCGCCGGUGGAAGGCGAGGCAGCCGAGGAGCUGAGGCGGUGCUUCUCACCUGGUGUUAUCGAGGUGCAGGAAGUCCAAGGUAAAAAGGUGGCCCGAGUUGCCAAUCCCCGGCUGGACACCUUUAGCAGAGAAGUCUUCCGGAAUGAAAAGCUGAAGAAGGUGGUCCGGCUGGCCCGGGUUCGGGAUCAUUACAUCUUUUCUGUGGAGUCCACAGGGGUGCUGCCACCAGAUGUGCUGGUGAGCGAAGCCAUCAAAGUCCUGAUGGGGAAGUGCCGGCGGUUCUUGGAUGAGCUCGAUGCGGUUCAGAUGGACUGAGGUUUGUUUGCGCUGGGCCAGGCUGAAAACUGGUUUUAACCUGCACCCAGUGCUGCUACACCAAGCCAUUGGGACUGAAGGUCCUGGGUUUUCUGGGACAGUUCUAGCUUUAUUUUCAAUCAAUACAUUUUAUUAAAUGUGCCAUGAAAUAAAUCA